UACAGCGCUGCGUCUGCGGGACUUCUUUCGUGAAAUGGACUCUAGUAAUUUUUAUUUAUUAGAAGCCAGUCACAAAUUUAAGUAAAAUGAUAAACAAAACGCAUAUGUCAUAAUAUCAAAAACAGCUGUCCGGCUGUCGUAUGAUUAUAGGUUAUAUUUAUAAACUUGCACUCGGGCUUUUUUAUUUACAGCGCAAAAUGAAAAUCUAAGAAAGUAAUGUAAUAAACAACAAUUGAAUUCGUUAAUUAGUGUAUAUAAAAGCAAACAAGAAUUAAUUAAAAAAAAGAAGAAUGUCAACCAAAUUACCGAAAAGUACUCUGAGUUUGAAACAGUUUCUUCUACGCCAAGAAGUCUUGAAACUAUACAGACAAAUCUUCAGGACACUCAGACAAAUUCCAGAUGAGACCACAAGGGCUGACUUAAGGGAAUGGGCCAGAUCGGACUUCAGAAACAACAUGCACCAUAAAGAUGAAACCACCAUCAAAGUCAUGCUUCAUCAUGGACAAAAAUCAUUGAAAGAUUUACAAAAAUCCUUGUCUUUGAGUAAAAGUUAAAAAUCUCUAUUGUUAUAGUAUUAAAUUAUUGAAACAUUGUUUUUUAUAGAGUGUAGUAAUCUGUGAUAGUGUAUGGAACAUAUAAAUUAUUUAAAAAAGU